AUGACGUGUGUCUUUAGCCAGACCUCGGAGGAACACGUCUCUCAGGUGCAGAGGGGGCUCGGCUGCCUGAAGGAGGCAGGACUGACGGUAAAAGCCGAAAAGUGCAAGGUGGAGAUGAUCCGAGAUUGGCCCAUUCCCCAGACCAAGAAACAAGUCCAGGCCUUUAUCAGGAUGCCACGGUUCUCGCUGCCACGCUGGCACCUUCUCCGGGCAAGGAGAGCGCUGGCUCCUCUCCCCCCUCAUGCCCUGGGGGGGCUGCAGGUCCUGCCGGGACUUCCCCAGUGCCGGGGUGCGUGGCACCCCCUGGGCCAGCAGCCUGCUCUGGGCGCUCGGCGGGCAGCCUGGGCAUGGCCAUCGGGCUCCGAGCCCAGACCCUCCUCCUCGGGGCUCAAGCCCCCAGGCCAGGCGGCUGCUUCUCUCCAGCCCCCCGGGGCGGGGGCCCCAGUCCCGGAGCUGCUCGGGCCGGGGGGGCCGUGCCAGGCAGGGCACCAGGGCACCAGGGCACCGGGGCGCGUGGCUCUGCCACCUGCUGCCCCCAGCCCCGGGCAGCCUGGCCGCGCCCUGCCCGGCGUGUCCGUCCCCGCGGGGCUGGCCCGGCCCGCGUGUCCGGCCCCCGAGGGGCGGGCGCUGUCCCCGGGCACGGGCAGCUCCGCCGGACUCCGCCCGCAGCACCCAUGGCCGCCGCCUGCGCCCCCAAGCCUCGGCCGGAGCCUGGCGAGCCCGGACCCGCCCCACGGCCCCGGCUACGCCGGUUACUGCCCUCGGCACAAGUUCAGCCUGGGGACACCCUACGGACAGCUCCCGAGCAGCCCUGAGGUCGCUGGCUCCAGCCAGCUGGUGCUGCAGCCCGCCCGUUGGCCCUGCGCCGGUGCCCCGCCCGUGGGGCAGGGAGAGGCGCUGCUGGGGACGAGGCCGGCCUGCUGGGGGGCAGGAGCCCACCCACUGGGAUGCUGCGUGAUCCCGGGCUACACAGGAUUCAUUCCCAGGGCCCAGAACCUCUUUGCCAAGACCUACUCCGAGAUCUGCAAGGAGGCCAGGAGUGACUUCGCCAGGCAGCAGCUGAGAGCCGCAGGCAAGGAGCAGGAGCUGCAGAACGCGGGGCGGCUGCCCCAAUGCACCAAGGGCAAAGUAAGUGUCACCAGAGCGACCUGGCAUCUCUCUGCUGCCCCCCCCCAGAGUCUGUCCCUGCCCUUGCCCCUGCCGCCUGCCCCCGGGGGCCAGAGCACGUCAGCGGCCAGGCGGGAACUGCCGCCCGCCCCAGGGCACACACAGCACGUCAGCGGCCAGGCCAGCAGCAUGCUAGGGGGUGUGUGUGCCCACCCUGCCUGCUCCAGUGUCCCCAGAGUCUGCGAAUGCAGGUGUGGGGGGCACUGA